AAGACGUAAAAUGUCUCUGGGUAUAAGAACGUGUCAUGCAAUGAAUUUAGGGUUUUUCAUUUUGACUUUUUGCAGUUUUACAGUCAUUUGCGACGGGGUGUCUUUGUCGCCGAAAGAUUGGCCGAAAGAAGAUUUUGACAGACUGAAAAGUUAUUCAGCUCAAAGAUAUUUUUUUCCCAAACCAUUAGCUGUGAGUCAUGAUAAUGGUGUGGUCAGCGGGACAACCAAUUCUCUCGCUGUGCAUGCUGGGAUUGUUGCGUUGCAACAAGGAGGAAAUGCCAUGGAUGCCUGUGUAGCUACAGCACUGACAGAAAUAACCCUUGCAGCUGGUUGUUACGUCUCCUUCGCUGGUGUUACAGAGAUACUAUACUACAACAAUCAUGAAAACCGAGUAUAUAGUUUAGAUGGUGGUUGGAAUAUUCCAACUGACCUUGACGUUGACCAAAUAUUGCCAAUUCACACAACAAAACCAAAUGGAGCAUCGGUUCUUGUGCCUGGUUUUUUUGCAGGAAUUGAUGCAGCGGUCAAAAGGCUAGCGAACUUCGAACUCAAGACAUUGUUGGAACCUGCGUUGUAUUUUGCUGAAAAUGGAUUUAAUCUAAGUCAUCUCUUGGCCGGAAACAUUGCAGCAAACUACAAUGAUGUUACAUUGCUCAGAACUGAAGAUGGAAAACGACUGUUUACAAACCCUGAAACUGGUGAAUAUUACAAAUACGGCGAACUAUUCAAACAACCAGAGCUGUUAGACGUUCUUCAAUCUAUUGCUGAAAAUGGAGUAAAUGAGAUGUACACUGGAGCCUGGGCGCAAGAUAUGGUGUCACUAGUUCAAAAGGAAAAUGGUGUUAUCACAAUGUCUGAUAUGAGUUCUUACACAGUCAACUGGAAAGAUCCCAUAAAUACGACGUAUUCUGAUUAUGUUGUGUCAACUUCAGGUACCAACAACGCUGGCUCAGGAGGUACUGAGUUACUGGAAAAACUGAAUCUAAUGGAAUUUGCUGAUCUUCGAAGUUACUCCUAUCUUACAAAUUCGACCAGACUCUACUGGUUUGCUUCUAUAAUUCGCUUUAGUAACUUCAUUUCGUUAUAUUUACGAACAAUGCCAAAUGCAAUUGCUAUUCUUGAACGUGAAUUUCAGUUGGAUUUUUCACUCCGAAACAGAACAUCAAAGGAAUUUGCUUAUUCCGUUUGGAGUCAAAUGAGUAAACCUGGUGGAAUGGAUGAAAUCAACGAGAAAAUAAAAAAACUUCUAGGUGGUCAUACAACUGAUACAAGCUUCGCGCCUCACUCUGAUGGGGUGGUAGCGAUGGAUAAGUAUGGUAAUAUGUGUUCAAUGAUACAUACAAUCAAUAGUCAACCGUGGGGAACAGGUUUAUUUGUACAUGGAAUUGCGCUUCCACAUUCUGCGGCCAUUAAUAAGUAUUAUAUCAAACAAUUUAAGCCUGGUACUCGAUUGAACUCAGAACUUCAGCCCGCUUUUGCAUUCAGAAAAAACAGUGCCCAAAAAAUAGACCUUGGGAGCCUGCAAUGGCUAUUUCUGUUGUUGCUUAUGUUGCCAUCAUUGGGUAAUUACUUACAAGAUAUUCGAGUACAGCGUUGUACCAUUGAUCAGAAUGUGUUACAUGAAGUACGAAGCAAAGGACAGCAAAUUACGGAGAUUGAUGAUAGAGCAUCGCUGGCUAUCCAUGGUCUUGGCGUUUUGAUAUCUGUGGAUAAAGAUGGAUUACGAUAUGCGGCAUCGACUCCUUUCUUAGAUGGUCUUGCUGAGAGUACUAGUGAGACUUAA